AUGGAUCCUGACGACCAGCUAGCAUAUGUUGAUCACCCGCUCUGGGCGCGGUUCUUGCGCUGGUGCACCGUCUACCCGAAGAACUAUGAGACGGACAAUAGCCAGCUAGUGCUCCUGUCUGAAGAAGAGCGUUCGCGACUAGAAGACCUCCCCGACUAUAAGUACACUCCACUAGAGGACCCUAGCCAAGAUGUACGAAUCGUCGAAUUACUGCCUGGCAAAUUUGACGACGACAUCAUCAUCCGAAUCCACCACAUUAGGCUCACCCCACCGCCUCAGAGAGGAAAGGUGUGGAAGACGACGUUGGCCGAGAUUGUCGAUCGCAGGUUCUUCUUCAGAGAUAUGAAGACGGGAAAAACCCAGUGGGAACACCCGCGAACCAAGCUCCACCCGCGAAGGACCAUUCAGUACGAAGUUCCGCCAAAGGACGCGUCCUUUCCGCAAUAUGAGACGCUUUCGUACGUCUGGGGCUCGUCUGCAAAGACAGCGGUCAUCACGGUUGACCGUCCUGACAAAGAGGGGCUGGCCCGUCUGGCCGUAACCGAGAGCCUCAUCACGAAUAAGCGAAACUUAUGGAUCGAUGCCAUUUGCUUGAACCAGUCUGACAAUUUCGAGAUGGGUCAACAGGUUCCGCGCAUGGGUGAGAUUUAUCUGCAUGCCUACACGGGAACGGCCUGGCUGGGAACUGAAGGUGAUGGAAGCACUCAUGCUUUCGAGGCUUUACGAUACUUGGGCGACCAGGUUGAGGAGCAGUGGUACGAUCCAGACUUCGAAUUGCCGUAUUCGGAAGAAACUUGGAAUGCCAUCAUCUCCUUGAUGAGGAGGCCAUGGUUCAACCGGCUCUGGGUUGUCCAGGAAAUACACCCAGGAGCGUUCUUGCAGGCUGGCCACGAUAAAAUAGCCCUUACCUCCUUCUCGGAAGCGCAGUAUUGCCUCUACUGUAAGACACAACUCCCGCCUGGCAUCCGAUGGCAGAUGACCCAGGUAGACGGCACUUUGUCGCGAUUCUGGACCAUGGCCCUGCCCAGACUGCUCUACCGUGGGGCAUAUAAAGAGUGCACAGACCCCAGAGACAAGAUAUACGGACUGCUUGGACUUGCCCCCAGCAAGUUUGCGAAGGGUAUCAAGGUCGAUUACGAAGCAGCCAACACCGCCGACAACGUCUACAGGAUGGCAACUCUCACCCACGCCAAGACAACACAGCGUCUAGAGCACUUCCACAACUGUUUUACCCCCAAGAGUGAAAGAAAGAUACCUGAAGGGCCUUCGUGGGUGCCGGAUUGGUUCUCUGAGUGCCCGGGCGAGUCGUACAUCCCCUCUCAGUUUGUAACAUCCACAUCGCGCGCUCACUAUCGCCAUUCUGAAGAUAAUUCCCACCUUCUCGAACUGUUAGGGGUGCGCUUUGGAAGCGUUUGCCAUGUCACUGAGCCAUUGUCCUCACGACUAGAAGAUCGCCGAGACGCGAUUCAUCACAUAAGACAGUGGCAACCCGCCGACUUGGACAGCGCGACGUAUGGCCCCACAGGCGAGCCUUUACGAAAAGCGUAUGCAAUCACACUGGCCUCUUAUGGGUUGAGAGAACGCGAGCCCGACUGGAUCGUGAGUUCGGUGACCGAAUGGGCGCGGCAGGACUUCGAUGACGAUGAAGUUCUCUUCCGGUUGGCGCCUCACAACACCCAACUGGGAGACAUUGUUGCUGUCCCCCUUGGCUGUCCUAAUGCUCUCAUCCUCCGUCCCAGAGGCACGGAUGCCGAUGCGAAGGAUGAGAGGGAGAAAAGCAAUACUUUCUCGGUGAUUGGCGAGUGCUUUGUGUACGGGCUCGAAGAUGCCGUAUCACUGCUUGGGCCUCUGCCCAAACCAUGGAUAGGGAUUGCGGCCUGGGGAAUUGGCGACCGGCGAUUUCUCAAUUUCGUCAAUACCGAGACGAAAGAGAGGACAGCGGAAGAUCCCAGACUGUUGCCCUUGGAUGAAUGGGAACGAUUCAACAAGAGCCCAACUCCAGACGACCCUACCUUGUUCGACUUUUUCCGCCAUAAGAGCACGGGAAAGGUUGUUAACUACGACCCAAGGCUGGAGCCUCAGGCCCUGGAAGCAAAUGGUGUUCCACUGACGUGGUUUUUCUUAAUCUGA